GUGUGAUAAGCGAAGGUGUGACUCGUCGUUCCUUCUCGAGUAGAAAAUCGAGUUCACAGUCCAACACAAAUGGGGAAGCAGUGAGAGUUUCAAUUCGCGUCCGUUCAGUUACAUGGAUUCAUUCUUCUCGUGGUUGAUGCCGGAGCAAGAAGGUCCAGCCAAAGUCCUGUGGCUAGGAGUGUGGCAAAACCAGAAUUUUAUCGAGGAAAUGAACGUGAGGGAUGUGGAUAAUGACACUGAUGGAAUGACGAACGGAUUCAAUCAACAAAUCAUGAACGGCAAAGUGGACAAAAGUGCAAAUUUCUCUCGGAUGAGACGGACUCAGGUUGACAAUCGCCCUAGCCAGCGGCCGCUCCAUCGCAACGUUAUUACGGACUCUGGUGGCUGCCCUUGGCGCCAAUUGAAAUUCCAUUAUGACGCGGCCGCUUUGGGUCUCCAUCAAGAAAUUGAACAUUUCUACCAUUACAUGAGCCCUACAGAGGCGGAGCACAAAGUGAGGGCUGAAGUCGUCAACCGGAUCGAAGACAUUAUACUGUCCAAGUGGCCUGAGGCUCAAGUUGAAGUCUUCGGCUCAUACCGAACCGGCCUCUACCUACCAACUAGUGAUAUUGAUCUGGUGGUCAUUGGAAAAUGGGCCAAUCUUCCUUUGCGCACGUUGGAGAAGGAGUUUCUCGAACGUGGCGUCGCUCAGGAGGACAGUAUAAAGGUACUGGAUAAGGCCUCCGUCCCCAUCGUUAAACUCGUAGACAAAAAGACUGAAAUCAGGGUCGACAUCUCUUUCAACAUGUCCAACGGCGUGAAAAGUGCGGAACUGAUCAAGACUUACAUCGAACAGUUCCCCGUACUCGCCAAGUUAGUUUAUGUGCUCAAGCAAUUUCUCCUGGAGCGAGACCUUAAUGAAGUCUUCACUGGGGGCAUUAGUAGCUACAGUCUCAUACUGAUGUGCAUCAGCUUCUUGCAACUGCAUCCUCGACAGGACGGUGUUAGACAAGCAAACGCCAAUCUUGGCGUGUUGCUUAUCGAGUUCUUCGAGCUUUAUGGUCGAAAGUUCAAUUUCAUUCAUACAGGAAUUCGAAUACGUGACGGCGGAAUGUACAUCAGCAAAGAAGAAAUGCGGAAAGGUAUGGUGGAUGGCCAUCGGCCCAGCAUGCUGUGCAUAGAAGAUCCGUUGCAACCCUCAAACGACAUUGGGCGGAGCAGCUAUGGAAUUCUGUUGGUUAAAAAAGCUUUCGAGUACGCUUACUCGAUCCUAACAAACGUGGUGCAUCCGCUGUCUUCGUACAACGACUGCAACCGACAGAGCAUUUUGGGGCGCAUAGUCCGUGUUAGCGAUAAAGUGGUGCAACAUCGGCGCCGUAUUGAGGAGGGUACCCGAAUCACUUUAAUGGGGCCCCCGCUAUCCACCGGGCUGGUUGGGAACACCCAGUCAAAGCCGUCGAGAUCAUCUAGUACGGGCAGCACUAGCAGUGCCGAGGAAAGCGGAGGUAGCUCUGAAGCCUCAGAUCGUCCAUCGCGCGACCAUUCACCCAACGUCGGCUACCAGGGAAGAAGCUCAAAUGCCUCAAACAGAAGCAAAGUAUGGCGCAGAAACAGCAACCAUCAGCGUGGCGUGAGCUCCGGCGGCGGCGGUGGCCUGCACCAAACUUUCAGAGGGAACAGUCGGAAAAAGCCCGAAAGACAAUAAUAGUGUACAAAUGUAUAUAACUUAGGUAAGUCUAUGAAACAGUUGGGUUGAUAAUAAUUUGAAAAAAAAACCGCCAAACUAAAUGUAAAUAAUCAAAACAAAAAAAAAUCAUUCAUUGUAUAUAGUUGGUUAAUGUGAAUAACUGCCGAGGUUCUGUAAUAGGCAACUCGCUGCAGUAAGUGGAGGCAGGCAAAACGAACAAAAAACAAUUAAAAUUAAAAGUAACCAAAAAAAAGUUUUAGUUUAGCUGUACAUAGACCAUUUUAUAUUUAUACGUAUAUAUCUUACAUAUGUACAAUUUUUUACAAUCCACGAAAAGGCGAUUAACGCAUUGACAAUAUUGUAUAGUAGUUUUAAUUGUAUAUAGGACGGGGUUUUCUUUAACUACAAGUAGUUUUAUGAUAUUUGCCGAACUCGAAACUGAAUAUUUUAUUAAUUUUCCUAGUAGUUUACACAAUAGGCUGUUUUAUUUCUAUUCAUAACAACGCCAGUCUCCACUUAUUUCCACAAGAAACAUGAAGUUGUGCGUAUUUGGGUGGGGCCCGUAUUCGAGCAUUGCAAAGUCACUACCUAGUGGACAGCUGGACGAUUCAGAAAUAACUCUACUAGCUCAAGUUCAAUAAAAAACCACUUUGGUACUCUAUUCGGCCUAAUGAUUUUGAUCGAAUUCGAAUUAAAUUCUGGUUCCUUUCAGUAUCGUUUGGUUAUUUCUGAGCCAUUCAGUCACCAAAUGCGUCCAACUUUCAUGGACGCCGAGCUGCUGUGCCCCAUUGCGAGAAAUUCGAAUAAAUAAUGGCAUUUUUCUUUUUGUAUCAUAUUUGUAUCACAUAGACGUAUGUGUAAAUGUGUUAUUGUAAAUAUUAGCGCUUCAAGAUAAGUAAUAUUAAUUUUAGCGGGCCGUUUCUAGCCGAGGUUUUUGCCAAAACUUUUCGAAGCAAGGGCAUUUUUUUUUUAAGAAUUAUUAGGGCACAAUAAUGGAAAUGCCACCUACAACUGCAAAAACCACAUAGAAACACCAUCCCGAGUAAAACAUUGUGAUAUAUCUGAUAAUUACUGAAUAAGCAAACUGUAUAAUUUUUGUUUUUUUGUGUGUGUGUAAAACGCUGUUUUUUCGAGGGAUACAAUUUUUCUUUUCAUUUCCCGCGUUGUCUCGCCAUGCUGAAAUGGCAAUUGUGUCGUUUAACAUCCAGAUGGUCAUUUUUUUCUGCUAAUUCAGGACCACCCUUGUUGGCUGGCUCGCUCUGUUGCGCAUUUCACCAGAAUUUCCAACAGUUGCUAAAAGGCGCGACGCAAAAAUUGCUGUUUUAUGGAAUACGGAACUCUCUUUGCAACCGUAUCGAGAGUAAACGUAUUCCGCAAAGCUCGCAACGUAGAUUUAGGUAUUUAUAUUGGCAUAUAUAGUUUUUAAGAUGUUGUCUGUUUAUGUAACUUAUUUCAAAUUUUCGUAGCUUUAAAUAGGCGUUGUUUAUUGUAUGUAGCUAGACCUAGUUGAGUUUAAGUACAAAUUAUUAAGAAAAACCAAAACACGAAAAAAAUAUAUAAAUAACAAAAUACUUUUCGUAAGAAGGAAACUGGCGCGCAAGAAAUCAACUGUACGAAAAGUAAAUUGAAGAAAUGUUUAAGAAAUAUAUAACUAUUCUUGUGCGCAAAA